CUCGCUUGUAUUAAUCUUAAUUUAUAUACCAUAAUAUUCAGUAUUCGUUUUGGGCGAGACUGCAAUUUAUGGAUGAGCUAAUCAGAAGCGUUUCAGGGAUUUCAAGGUCAUGGCGCUAAUUUCAGUACCUGAUUCUUACGAACGAUCGGUUCACAGAAGAUUUUAAAGGAGACGUGAUAAAUGAGCGGCUACAAUAAAUGAGACUACUAAGAAUCCCAUGUCAAACUAAUGAAAUUUACAAUACGACAUCUAAUCAAGCAUUAACUUGUAAUUCAUUACUUACAAGUAAUGUAUUACAAUAUUAUAUGGAACAAUUAUUAACUCAUUAUGGUAAAGAUAGUGCAUACAAAAUUGGUAAUCCAAUCAAAUUUGGUACUGCUGAAUUUUUCGACAUAAAAAUUAGUGGUUUAUCUGCUGUACAAUUCUCAGAACCAGUUGAUAUUAUUGAUCUACCAUCAGGAAAUAUACGAAUGAUAUUUCCGUUAUUAUUUGACUAUCUUGUUAUAAAUGGUAAAAUGAAAAUGAUCAUGUUUGCUACUAAACCUCGGUCAGUUGAAAUUAAAAUUAAAUCAAUCAAAAUAUAUUUGGAUUUACUACUUAUACAACCAAUGGACAAUGAUUUAUUAUUACCAAUUCGUGUGAACAAAGUUACUGUUAUCCAUUGGAAUAAUCUUCGAUUUGAUAGUAAAGACGUAUCUUCUUUAACUGGAGGAAAUUUUCUGGUUGUACAUAUGAAGACGGCCCACGGGUGAACUCGAGGAAGCUGUAGGAGGCUCAGAAGGAGCCGUAGAUAUUCCACCCAAUCACCUUUUGGAAGAAUAUUCUAGAAUCCCUACGUGUAGCUUCCCGAUUGGAUAAUGCUAAUAACCCCCUGUAUGUGGAUUGGAGGACUGUAAUGAUGAUUUCGUUUUUACUAAAAACUAUUAGUACCUGACAAUUUUGUAUUGUAAUUGACACUGUCUGGGAAAAAUAUUCCUUUCAUUAGUCUUCUGUCUUCUCAUUGCGACUUGCAAGGGUUUUGGCGUUCUAGUGCUCACGUUAUACGCGGUAUAUGAAGAACAACCUUCUAGAUAUAACAGUACAUUUUCUGACUGAACUGCUUUUCCCAUUAUUAUAAAUUCACUCUCAUACACUAAUUUCUGUUCGUUAUUGUUCCCAUUUUUCUUAUACGCACCAUACAUUCUCUAUCUCUUCACAUUCUCAUUGUUACUGUGUGGCGCAUGUAUUUGAUGCUCCUUUAUACCAAUAUAUAUGUGUUCAAACAAAUAAAUGUAUAUUUGUAAAAUGAAUAAUUUGUAUUCAAGUAAUUUUACGUUUC